UGCUGCUGAGGACCCCAGGCGGGCCCUGCGCGGACUCCACUGCACUUUCACUCCACUGGGUUCUGGCGGAGCAGAGGCGGCCUCGGGCUCUCCAUGGCAGCGGGCUCAGAGGUGAGCUCUCACCUUACCCUGGAAGCUACAGCUGCAGGGAACCAAGGUCAACAUGUCAAACCUUUUACCCCAGAGAAAGCAAAAGAAAUUAUAAUGUCUCUACAACAGCCUGCAAUCUUCUGUAACAUGGUUUUUGAUUGGCCAGCACGACACUGGACUGCUAAACACCUUUCUGAGGUCCUUCACGGCAAACAGAUACGAUUCAGAAUGGGAAUGAAAAACACAGACACAGUUCCCCAAUUUGAAACUGCUUGUAGUUAUGUGGAAGCUACACUUGAAGAAUUUCUGACCUGGAACUGUGACCAGUCUAGUGAUUCUGGACCAUUUAAAGAUUAUGAUCAUUCUAAAUUCUGGGCUUAUGCUGACUACAAAUAUUUUGUUAGUCUAUUUGAAGACAAGACAGAUAUUUUCCAGGACGUGAUAUGGUCUGAUUUUGGUUUUCCUGGAAGAAAUGGACAGGAAAGUACAUUGUGGAUUGGCUCCUUGGGAGCCCAUACCCCCUGUCAUCUGGACUCCUAUGGUUGCAACUUAGUAUUCCAGGUACAAGGAAGGAAAAGAUGGCAUCUCUUUCCUCCUGAAGAUACGCCUUUCCUUUAUCCAACUAGAAUCCCUUAUGAAGAAUCUAGCGUGUUCAGUAAAAUCAAUGUUGUCAAUCCUGAUUUAAAGCGUUUUCCUCAGUUCCAGAAAGCUCGAAGACAUACGGUCACGCUGAGCCCAGGACAGGUUCUGUUUGUCCCUAGACACUGGUGGCAUUACGUCGAGUCCCUUGAUCCUGUCACUGUCAGUAUAAACUCAUGGAUUGAACUGGAAGAGGACCACCUUGCCCGGGUGGAGGAAGCCAUCACCCGCAUGCUUGUGUGUGCACUGAAAACUGCAGAGGACCCACACAAUACCAGAGCAUGGUUAAACCCCACGGAGGUUGAGGAAACAUCCCAUGAAGUCAAUUGCCACUACUUAAAUGGAGCUGUAGCUGCCUUUCUUGAUCAUUACAAAACAUYCAAAGGAGUAGAAAUUCAAGCACUAAGAACAAGUAAGGAGAACCUGCAAAAGGAAGAUUUAAACACGUGCAACCGCAUGGAGAUGGAAGGAACCAUGGCAGCCAUAAAACAGGAGGCAGCAAGCCUCUUUGGCCCUGAUCUGGUCCCUGUAACACUGAGAUCCAAAGAAACACCUUCAGAAGGAGGAGGCAUAUUUGAAAGUGAUGGCAAAGACUUUGUCGACAAAGAUGGAAAACACUUUGCAAAACUGUUUUGUGCUGAUAGGCAGCAGACGAUGAGUACAAGUGACAAUGCUGGGGUGGAUCAAAUGGCUUCAAACAGUGCUCCAGCCCCUUCUCAAACAUUCAUUUCCACAGACGACUUGUUGGACUGCUUGGUGAAUCCACAAGUGACCAGAAUGGUGGCACAACUUUUGUUACAAGGGAAAAGCUUGUGAUUCCAAUCGAUGACUUUUUAAAUAACAUUUUAAGGAUAUUUCUAAAUAAUAUGACUUCUUUACAAUUUAAAAAUGCACAGCAAAAGGUCAAUUUGCACAUGUUUGUAAAUGAACUUAU